AUGUUUUUUCUUCUUCUCUGGCGAUCCAAUGAAAUGCGACCAAUCUCUCUUUCUCCAUUCUGUCCGUCUAUGUUCGUACGGUGUUAUCUAGACGCCAAACCGUCAUUGCUGGAUUACUCUUUUUUUUUCUAUCUUUAUUUCCCCUUCUGUCUUUCUCUCUCCUUGUCAACGGUCACUCGAUCUCUCUCUAUCACUUUCAAACACACUAUGACCUGUCUUUCCUCGCCUCUUCGAUUUCGCUCCUGUUUCUUUGUCUCUCUUUCCAUCUCCCUCUCCUCUUUUUAUCCCUAUUGCUGUCGCCUUUCACGCUUCUCUAUCCAUAAUUCUCUCUUCUCCACUCCCUCUCUCUCACUUCUAUUCAUAUCUAUCUAUCUAUCUAUCUAUCUAUCUAUCUAUCUAUCUAUCUAUCUAUCUAUCUUAUUUCCACUCUUUCUCUAUUUCUUGCUUUCUUUCUUUCUUUUUCAUUUCCUGUCUCGUCUUUUCUUAACUGUUUAUCUGCCUCCUUUUCUUAUAUGUCCUUGCCCAUUCCCUUUCAUUAUUUUCCCUAUACUCUUUCUUUCUUUCAUUCUUUCUUUCUUUCUUUCUUUCUGCAUCUCCGUAUCUUUAACACACCACUUCCUUUCUUUCUCUCUUUUUCUCCUUUCUUCCUUUUCACCUUUUUAUAUCUGUCUACCUGCGCCGCUUUAUUUAUCCAUCUUUCUAUAUAUUUCUUUUACCAUCCCAUUUUCUUUCUUUCUUUUUCUUUUUUCUUUUUUCUCCCUUUCGGGAUUUCUUUCCUUUGUGUUUUUUUCUUUCUUUCUUUUUUCCAUCUUUCGCACAUUCUUUCUUUCUUUCUUUCUUUUUUCUUUCUUCUUUUCUUUCUUUCUUUCGUACAUUCUUUCUUUCUUCCUUUUUCUUGUUUGUUUCUCUCUUUCUUUCUAUCUUUCUUUUCUUCUUUCUUGUAAACUUUAUCUAACUUUUCCUUCUCUCUUUUUUCUCGCUUUCUUACAAACAUCUCGUCCUUCCUUUCUCUUCGCUCUGUCAUCCUCCCAUUAUUUUACCACACCCUCUUCCUUCCUUCUUUCCUCCCUUCCUUCCUUCGAUUCCUCUAUCUUUUCUUUUUCUCUCUCUUUUCUUUCUAUCCAUACUUAA